GUAAGUUACAUCAAAGUGAAAAAAAGGCAUAUGCACUAAUGAAACAGAAUGGAUGGGGCCACAGCUGCAGAGAGGGUUGGUGGAGCUAUUUAUCCUCAGUAGGCAACAUAUUCUACUCAUUCAGACUGAAAUACAAGAGAGGGGAGAUUGGCAGGAGACAUCAAGAAACUGUGAUCAUGAGGACAUUGGUGCUCUUCCUUUUAAUGGGAACAGUGGAUGUGACCAUCAGCCAGAGCUACAGCCCCUUCCAGUGGCUGUCUCAGCUACGAGGCCGGAGGCAGAAUGCAGGCUGGCAUUCGGAGGCUGCAGAUUGCCCCUUGGAGUGUGACUGCCCAACAACCUAUCCCCCAGCUAUGUACUGUCACAGCCGCAACCUGCAGCACGUUCCCUACGUUCCGUCACAUAUAAAGUAUGUAUACCUGCAGCGUAACCAAAUCACAGGCAUUCAACAUGGCGUGUUUGACAAUGCUACAAACCUGAUGUGGGUGAUUUUAUCACACAACAAGCUCAGCUCAGAAAAACUCAGCGACAGUGUGUUUGUCAAGCUGGAAAACCUGGAUCGACUAUAUCUGGAUCACAAUGAGCUGACCCGGGUGCCUCGUAACCUUCCAAGUUCUAUAUCUAGACUGCAACUUUCCCACAACAAAAUUGCAAAAGUUUCCUCUAAAUCAUUUGAUCGGAUGUCGAACCUCACCACCCUUCAACUACAGGCUAAUGUCAUAGAAGAGUUAGAGGGUGGGUUUAAGGAUCUAAAAUCUCUUACUAUGCUGGAUAUCGGGAAAAACAAGCUAAGGAAAAUCCCCGACAGCCUUCCUGAGAGCCUGCAACAGCUCUACUUGGAGUUUAAUAAGAUAGAGAGUGUGCCAGCUGGUUUUCUUACUAUGUAUCCCAACCUGCAGUUUGUCCGCUUAGCUCACAACAUUCUGACAAACAAAGGACUUCCCUCCAGUGUCUUCAACACAAGCACACUCGUUGAGCUUGACCUGUCCUUCAACAAACUGGAACAGAUCCCUAAUGUCAAUAGGAACCUGGAAAAUCUGUAUCUACAUGCCAAUAAGAUCAAAGAGUUCUCUUUGAGCAGUUUCUGUGACACAUAUGAUGGGACAAACUUCUCCAAGCUGAAAGUGCUGCGUUUGGAUGCUAACAAAAUCAGUGCUAGAGACAUUCCUGCUGAGGCUGCCUACUGUUUGCGGCUGGUUUCCUUUAUUGAUGUGUAGAGCUUCUUGUUCUUUUCUUUUUUUUUUUCUUUAUCUAUAACUUGUAUGCCCUCACUGUUACCGGUCUGUUACAUUGGUCAAGAAAAUGUUUUAUUAAACAGUUAUGCUAUUAACAUUCCACUCAUAAUUCCAGAGUCAGCCAACAGGAAAUACCAGUGUUGGAUAACCUAAUAUCUAGAUUACAGUCAUAUGGACAUUU